CCUUGACACACUUACCGUCUCUGAAGGUAUUCGGUGUGCAAGGAUUUGAUGUUUGAUUUUGUUUCAUGCGCUUUUGCGAAGACAGAAGAAUAUUUCUUACACUCUGCGAGAUCAAACAAUGGGUUCGGAAGAAAAAUCAGUGGAGCCUGCAGAUCGUCCAUCUCAAAAAGAAGAAGGACCACCAGAGAAGGAAAGAACCGAGCACCUUGAGGAGGAAGCACCCCAGUCCACGGACCUGCUAAGCACAUACAAAUGGCAAACUGGCUCCAAGGGGUCCCUACAUGAGUUGUUGGAAGAUGGAACAUGUUCACCUGAGAAGUCUCAAAAAGGCAACAAGUGGAGCAAGAAGCAAACAUGGCGCAAGGCCUUGAGUGAGGACCCCGAAGACAAAGAAACCAAGAUGAACUCCACGCGAAAGAACCCUUUCAGAAGGGCCUUCUCAAUGCCCACCGCCUCGUUUUUUGCCACCCUGACGCAAUCGUCCGGCACAUCAGAGGCAGACUGCGACACAUCUACUGACCCUCAGCAAGAAGGCGGAGGGGCCCGCUUCAAAAAGUACUGGAGGUCCAUGUCUCAGAAGCUGAAAAGGCCCAGACUGCACAGCCGGAACAGCACACCCGCAUUGUUACCAGGUUUGGAUGAAGGUGAGAAUGAAGAUCACCACAAACAUCAAGAGGUUCUCCUGUGGAACAUCAGCAACUGUGUUCUUGAAGAGGGAAAGAUUCUCAUCUCCCCGGAGGAAGAACCCACAAUAUGGACCCGGGACCGUGUCAACAGCUGCCUGUCCGUCCUCAGCAUGCAGAACCUUGUGGAUAUGGAAACAGAAUGUACUCCUGACCACUUGAGCCCUCGAAAGAAAGAAGAUGGCGGUGUGAAGGCACUGAUCAAGAGACGGCUUGAGAACAAGGCAAAGAGAAAUAAUAACACUCACGCGAACUCAGUGGGACUUCAGAAAGGAAGCAGACACUACGAGUCCAAGGAGUCUGUGUCGAUUCCAGUGAGUCCAGUGGGAAGUUUGGAUCUAAGUGCAGAUGCCAGCACUGUCAUCAGGCCAGUCCACAGCUCCAUCUUGGGGGAGAAGUACUGUUUUGAGGUCAUCAACUCUGAGAGCACACAUUGCUUUGGCUGCUCCUCAGCUGCAGAACGCGAUCGAUGGAUUGAAGACCUGAGACGAGCCGCCCAGCCUAAUAAGGAUAACGUCGAGCGCACAGAGAGCUCCCUCAGUCUGUGGGUGAAGGAAGCGAAGGACCUGCCACCCAAACGCAGUUAUUACUGUGAGCUCCACCUGGACGGGAUUCUGUUCGCACGUUCAACCAGCAAGGUGUCGAGUCGCUCCAGUCUGGCUGGGGACGGCUCGACUGGCUCCUCCGGACACCUGAGUGGGAGUGGAGCCGGGACCGACGGCUUUCAGUUAUUCUGGGGGGAGUUCUUUGAGCUCGACAAUCUUCCCUGCAUCUCCCAAAUCACCUUACACCUUUUCUGCGGAGAGGACCUUAAAAAGAAGCGGCAUUCCCGAGAGGAGUUCAGCCCGCAACUGCUCGGCAGCGUGGAUAUACGCUUGGCGGAGAUCCGAGGCAGAGCCUACCAGGAAAAGUGGUACCGCAUCGUUCCUUACAAAGUCUCGGCAUGCAGCAAAGAACUUCUGGGGCCGCAGGCUUCUCUCCGCAUCAAAGCUCGGUUUAGGAACCUGCAGGUUUUGCCUAUGGAGAAAUAUAAGGAGUUUGCCGAGUAUCUGACCGUGGAUUAUGUGGAAAUGUGCAAAAGCUUGGAGCCACUUCUAAACGUCAAAGAAAAGGAGGAGCUGGCAGGAGCUCUUGUGCACGUGCUGCAGAGUAUCGGCAAAGCAAAGGAGUUCCUCGCCGAUUUGGCCAGUGCCGAGGUUGAACGUCUAGGUGAGAAGGAGGCACUCAUCUUCAGAGAGAACAGCCUUGCCACUAAAGCCAUAGAUGAAUACAUGAAGCUGGUCGGACAGAAGUACCUCAUCGACACACUCGGGGACGUUAUUACAUGUCUCUAUGGGACAAGGGACAACUGUGAAGUUGACCCUCGCAAAUGUCAUCCCUCCGAACUGUCAAACAACCAGAAGCACUUGAGAGAAGUGUGUGACGAGGCAGUGCGGAAAAUUUUAGACCUACACGGACACUUUCCUGAAGAGUUGAACACAAUUUUCUCAAGCUGGACAGAGAUGUGUAAAGACCAGGGAAAACCAGAGAUCGGUCAACGUCUCAUCUCAGCUUCGCUCUUCCUUCGCUUCUUGUGUCCGGCAGUCCUCAGUCCUUCCCUUUUUGGCUUGACACAAUCGUACCCAGAGUCGAACACACUGCGCACCCUCACCUUGACUGCAAAAGUCAUCCAGAACCUGGCAAACUUCACCUUAUUUGGUGAGAAGGAGGAGUACAUGCUGUUCAUGAAUGACUUCUUACAGCAGCAUUGGGACAGAAUGAGAGGCUUUCUGCAAACCGUGUCCAAUCCUUACACUGAGAUCCCGAUGAGCUCAUUUGACGGCUAUGUGGAUCUACCUUUGCGACUUGCUGUGUUGCAUGGUCUACUGGUGGAUAUCAUCCAUCAGAGGGCACAGGAAACAAUAGAGAAGUUGCACCCUCUACCUUGGAUUCUAAACCAGAUAACAGAGUCAUUGAGCCCUGAGAUACCUCGGAUCCCAAUAGACAGUCCAAGUACACAAGUUAAGCCAAUGUAUGUUCCUCCUAAAGACCUGGGCAAGUACAGCCCUCACCACUCAUCUCUCCAACAGCUUCCUCAGGACUCCAAAUGUCCAACAGAGGGCGAUGGCCAAGCACGGAGGAGGAAGCCCAUCACCAGAACUCAGAGUGCCCCACAUAGACGUCUUGAAAAGAGAAUGAAGAGGCACACAAGUACUGAAGCUCUGCCAACUGCCAACCAUCAACAAGACUUGGACACGAGCCAGCCUCUUAUCUCGUCACCAAAAUCUAAUGAGUCAAACAAAGCCUGUGCACCAGUUCCCUGGAUUAAAGACAUCCAGAGGGGGGACCCCAGUGAGAUAAAACCUGAGCAGGAAGGGCUCAGCUUACUGGAUCAACAUACCCAAGAACUGUCUGAGCUACGGCUGGGAGUAGACCAGGUAACUGAGCGUGAGCUGGAAAUGGCAAAGCGACUGGAGGACUUCAUUGUCCAAAGCCUGGACCAGAAUGCAAUGCUGGAGGCUGAAGUGAGAGAGCUCCGGAAUUUACUGACCGUGCGAGAGGAGCAGCUUUGCAGCACCACCUUCAGGUUGGAUGUGAUUGAGGAGGAGCGGGAGAAUGAUGAGCGGAAGAUGAAUGUCGCCAUGGCAGCAGCUGAGCGAAUGAACGUAUUGGAGGAGCAGUUUGGAGACUUGUUGAAGGACAUCCGUCGGCUCGAUGAGGCCUUCAACAAAAACCUGCAAGCUGAUGAAAAGCAACUUUUUUAGAUUUCAUAGCUAUGCUUUCUCCACAAUGUUGAGCAUGUCCAGUUUGGUUGGAUAGACUUGUGUAAAAGAUGAUACUUGAGUAAAAAUCAAGAUUAGGCUCAAUCCCAUAUGGAUUAAGCACAGCCACUGUGCCUGUACACUUAA